AUGGCAAAAUCACAAACAGGGCCCGCCCCACUGCCCGUGGAGAUCAUCCAAUCCAUUCUCCAACAGCUGGACAUCGAGAGUUAUCACGCCGCACGGUCAACAUGUCGCGGUUGGCGAUAUGCGGCCUCAGCGCCGUGUAUGCUCUCACGGGUGCUCCAGCAAACCCACGUGCUGAUGCCCCCCAGAACAAGCUCCUUGACAGGAGCCGAAUGGAACAGAUAUUUCGACCAGAUCGCCCGGCUCAACCUCCUCUCCUACCGGACCAACGUCCGAAAGACAGUCUCCGAGCUGCCCUUUGCUUCAAGUUGUAGUCCGAGCAACGCGCAAGCUUCGUCACCCAAUGGCCACAUAAAAGUGGCCUUGGAGGGAGCGCGAUUACGUGUGUACAGCAGUCAAGCGCCCUGGGAGUUUCCAGUGGCUCCAUCAUUGUACCCGCCCUGGGAGUCCAUCUGCGGGAACUCGAUGAGCAUCAAUAACUCCGUCUACCUACCAAUCAACGAGCGGUACACGAACUACUGCCUCGCGGUCUCCUCGCGAGGCGACACCCUCGCAGUAGCCCUGGGCAAAAAUAUCCAGAUCUACAGCCUCCGCGACGGCGACGACGAAAGCCGCGCCGCCCCAGUCGAGUACACCAUCAACCAGACCAACAAAGUAUUCCGCUUCGCCCCACCCGCACGCUUCGAAGAAACCGACGGCGUCGUCAAGUCGCUGGAAUUCACAGAAGACGAUGCCCUCCUCCGCGUCUGCAUCCACCGCGAGACGACCUCCCAUCAGCCCUCGCGUGUCCGCUACCUGGGGAACCCGGACCUCGCUCGCGGUUGCAACCCGGGCCUGUCGUACUGGAAGACCAGUCUCAACCACAUCUACGUCGACUCGGUCGUUCUCGCCCUCGACCUUGGAGAUCACCGCGGGGGGCAAUGUCUCCUCCGCGGCCUUCGACUCCUCCCGCCGUCCUUCCAGGUACAUUCUCAGCACAGACACCACCAUAACCACCACCGUUACCCCACGAGAAGGAUGUCCCGCUUGGACACCACCACCGCCACCCGGUACUUCAUCGCCGCUCUUCAGACGAGCCUCGUGGACAGCUACGCUGUCGGCUCCAUUACCCCAGAAGGGCUCACUACUGCCGGUGUCCAGAUUCACCGCGUCUUGCCUUCCCGCUACUAUCUCCCGAGCCUCCUCCGCCUACCAGGUGUCAGUAACAACAACAACAACAACAACAACAACAACAACAACAACAACACCAACAACGUGCUCACCAGCGCAAACCCCUUCCCCAGCUCCUCCCCUCUCCAAAUGUAUCAAGACUACUACUACAACAACUACAACAACAACAACAACAGCACGCCCGCCGACCCAACCCCAGGCACAACCACCACCAACCUCCGCCACGACGUCCAAAGAUGGUCCAACACGAACCUCCCCUCCGCAACCUUCACCUCGCCCCUCCUCGCCACCUCCCCCGACAACCGGCUCGCGGUGAUCUACGAACCCGGCGGCUCGCACACCCGCUUCGUCUCCCGCGGCGGCACCCUCUACGUGGUCAACAUCUCGUCCUGCACAUCAGCCUACCAGCCCUACGCGGGGCGGCGGGCUUCCGCCGCGGGCAGCCCGACGAAUUCGACGGCCGCGUGGCUGAGGGUGCGGAAGGAAAAGGCGCCGCAGGACAUUAUCCCUGCCUGGCCGUUUUUGCUGGAUCGGCUCAACUUUGAUGCUGAUGCUGUUGGGGUUGAGACGCAGCAGAACAAGCUGACCAAGUAA